AGUCCCGAAUUCGAAAGUAUGGAAGAUCCCAAAUUAGAAGCAUGGAAAGUUCCGAAUUAGAAGGCAUGGAAGGUCACGAAUUAGAAGGGAUAGAAGGCUCCAAAUUAGGAAGCAUUGAAGGUUCUGAAUUUGGUGACGAUGAAUUAGGUUCCGAAUUUGGAUGCUUUAAAUUAGAGAAUUUUGAAAGUAGUUCUGAAAUGACUAUUGUAUCAGAUUAUA